UACCACAGUAACGGAGCUCAAGCUGUUCGUGUGUACACUUGUUGAUACAAUAGCGAGUUAGCUUGCACAUAAACAAGAUAAGUUACUUUUUAUAUCUUUGACAUAUGCUCAGUUGUUACAUUUUACAUUACCUUUUAUAGCUCUACAUACAUUUGGUAAAGUUGCGGAAUUAAUACAAAUGCGGCCACCAAAGUAUUUCACUCCAAACGAGGUGUCCCUUCAUAACACCCUUGGCGACUUGUGGGUGUCAUACCUGGGCAAGGUGUACGACUUGACACCGUUGGUGAAUGAAUUUAAAGGGGAUGUACUUCUGAAACCUAUCAUUGAGUGUGCAGGAAAGGACAUCAGUCACUGGUUUGACCCAAAGACAAAAGAUAUUCUGACCCACAUCGACCCACUAUCUGGCUGUAUGAAAUACUACACCCCUAGGGGGCGCUUUGUGCACGUGCCGCCUCCCUGCCCUCGUACUGACUGGACCAAUGACUUUGGGCGACCCUGGUGGAGGGAUACGCAAUAUGAGGUGGGACUACUUUCUGUCAAGACCAGGUGGAUCCGCAUCAUCAACACCCUCACAUCCCAGGAGCAGGGUCUGGAGGUGUGUUCCGAGGAGAACUUGAAUGAGAUUCUCCAGCGGUACCUCCACUACAACUCUCACGCCGCCAGCUACACCUGGAAGCACAACUGUGUCAACCUGGACAUGAGCAAAACGCUGGAGGAGAACGGCAUCCCCGACGAGGACGAGGACUUCUACAACAGACGCAUGGACCGCGACCUCUUCUCCCAGUCCAUCUGCCUAUACUUCAACGACGACCUCACUGAACUUUGACCCCAUAUGUAAGGAUGUCAGAAAAUGGUGGUGAGCAAUAUGAGCAGACAAUCUAUUAAAAUGUUGACUCACAAAAUA